CGCGGUAGCGCAAGAGGCUUGCGGAGCGCGCUUCUGGUUUAGUCUUGGAAGAUGGCAGUGCAUUAUAUUUAUUUUCUCAUGUGAACGGCUGCACUCCCUUAUAGGUUCUUACUUUCGAUUUGUCACUGGUUUGCUUUCCAGUCAUUUGGAUUUGUGACUGAGACAGGAAGCAGCCAUGGGGUACCUGAAGCUAAUUGAGAUCGAGAACUUCAAGUCCUAUAAGGGCCGCCAGAUCAUAGGGCCCUUUAAGAACUUUACUGCAAUUAUUGGUCCUAAUGGUUCAGGCAAAUCGAACCUUAUGGAUGCCAUCAGUUUUGUUCUGGGAGAAAAGACCAGCAACCUUCGAGUGAAGACUUUGAAGGAUCUCAUUCAUGGUGCCCCAAUUGGUAAACCUGCAGCAAACCGUGCAUUUGUUAGCAUGUUGUAUAAAGAAGAUAGUGGAGAUGAGAAGACCUUUGCACGAAUCAUUAGAUUUCAAGGUUGUGAAUAUGUACAGGAGGAUAGGGCAGUAUCUAGGUCCAGUUAUAGUUCAUUGCAGGCUGCAGGGAUGUUGCUCAGAGCUAGGAGAUGUCUAGGAUUCCAGGGAGCAGUUGAAUCAAUUGCUAUGAAGAACCCCAAAGAACGAACAGCUCUAUUUGAAGAAAUCAGUCGUUCAGGUGAGCUGGCACAAGAGUAUGAUAAAAGAAAGAAAGAGAUGGUGAAAGCUGAGGAAGAUACACAGUUUAACUACCACAGGAAGAAGAAUAUUGCAGCAGAGAGAAAAGAAGCAAAGCAAGAAAAGGAAGAGGCGGAGCGCUACCAACGUCUGAAGGAUGAACUGGCACGGGCACAGGUGCAGUUACAGCUGUUUAAGCUGUACCACAAUGAGUGUGAAAUUGAUAAACUGAACAAGGAUUUGGAAUCAAAGAAUAGAGAGAUUGAAAGGGACAAAAAGAAGAUGGACAAGAUAGAAGAUGAGCUGAAGGACAAGAAGAAGGAGCUUGGUAAAAUUAUGCGAGAACAGCAGCAGAUUGAGAAGGGUAUCAAAGAGAAAGACUCUGAGUUGAAUCAGAAACGUCCACAGUAUAUCAAAGCAAAGGAGAAUACGGCACACAAGAUCAAGAAGCUAGAAGCUGCCAAAAAGUCACUUCAGAAUGCGCAAAAACUGUAUAAGAAACGCAAAGCUGACAUGGAUGAACUGGAGAAAGAGAUGCACUGUGUAGAGAAGGCAAAGCAAGAGUUUGAGGAACGGAUGGCUGAGGAGAGUCAGAGCCAGGGAAGGGAUCUGACGCUAGAGGAGAACCAGGUGAAGAAGUACCACAGAUUAAAGGAGGAAGCGAGCAAAAGAGCUGCAACCCUUGCACAGGAGUUGGAGAAAUUCAACCGUGAUCAGAAAGCUGACCAGGACAGGCUGGACCUAGAAGAGAGGAAAAAAGUUGAAACAGAGGCUAAAAUUAAGCAGAAACUCCGUGAAAUUGAAGAAAACCAGAAAAGAAUUGAGAAACUGGAGGAGUACAUCAGCACCAGCAAGCAGUCUUUGGAAGAACAGAAAAAGCUGGAAGGAGAAUUAACAGAAGAGGUGGAAAUGGCUAAGCGCAGGAUAGAUGAAAUCAAUAAGGAACUGAACCAAGUGAUGGAACAGUUGGGAGAUGCCAGGAUUGAUCGUCAGGAAAACAGCAGACAGCAGCGAAAAGCAGAAAUCAUGGAGAGCAUCAAGCGCCUUUACCCAGGCUCUGUGUAUGGCCGUCUGAUUGAUCUAUGCCAGCCAACUCAAAAGAAGUACCAGAUUGCUGUGACAAAGGUGCUGGGAAAGAACAUGGAUGCAAUUAUUGUGGAUUCAGAGAAGACUGGUAGAGAUUGCAUUCAGUAUAUUAAGGAACAGAGGGGUGAACCAGAGACAUUUCUGCCCCUUGAUUAUUUGGAGGUGAAACCAACUGAUGAGAAGCUGCGAGAACUGAAGGGUGCAAAGCUUGUGAUUGAUGUCAUCCGAUAUGAGCCCCCACAGAUAAAGAAAGCACUGCAGUAUGCCUGUGGCAAUGCUCUUGUGUGUGAUAAUGUGGAGGAUGCACGCAAGAUUGCCUUUGGAGGAUACCAACGACAUAAGACUGUUGCCUUGGAUGGUACAUUGUUUCAGAAGUCUGGUGUCAUCUCUGGAGGUGCCAGUGACUUGAAAGCUAAAGCCAGACGUUGGGAUGAAAAAGCUGUGGACAAACUCAAAGAAAAGAAGGAGAAACUUACUGAGGAAUUAAAGGAACAAAUGAAGGCUAAACGAAAGGAGGCAGAACUGAGGCAAGUGCAAUCACAGGCCCAUGGUUUGCAGAUGCGACUGAAAUAUUCCCAGAGUGACUUAGAGCAAACAAAAACUCGCCAUCUGGCCAUGAACAUGCAAGAAAAGUCAAAGCUUGAGAGUGAGCUGGCAAAUUUUGGUCCCCGAAUUAAUGACAUAAAGCGAAUCAUUUCAGCCAGAGAGCGUGAAACAAAGGACCUAAAGGAAAAGAUGAACCAGGUGGAGGAUGAGGUUUUUGAAGAGUUCUGUCGUGAGAUCGGUGUCAGGAAUAUCCGAGAGUUUGAAGAGGAAAAGGUGAAACGGCAGAAUGAGAUUGCUAAGAAAAGGUUAGAAUUUGAGAACCAGAAGACGCGUCUGGGUAUCCAGCUUGAUUUUGAGAAGAACCAGUUGAAAGAGGAUCAGGAGAAAGUGCACACAUGGGAACAGACAGUAAAGAAGGAUGAGAAUGAGAUUGAGAAGCUAAAGAAGGAAGAGCACCGUCAUAUGAAAAUCAUUGAUGAGACCAUGGCCCAGCUGCAGGACUUAAAGAACCAGCAUCUCACCAAGAAGUCUGAGGUCAAUGACAAAAACCAAGAGAUGGAAGAAAUCCGCAAAAAGUUGGGAGGGUCCAACAAAGAGAUCACCCAGAUGCAAAAGGAAGUAACUGCUAUUGAGACAAAACUGGAGCAGAAAAAAAGUGAUCGUCACAACCUGUUGCAGGCUUGCAAAAUGCAGGAUAUAAAGUUGCCUUUAAGCAAAGGAAGUAUGGAUGACAUCAGUCAGGAGGAGGGUUCUCAGGCAGAAGAAUCUGCAAGCAGCUCUCAGAGAUCUUCGACCACGUAUGAGCGUGAAGCACUGAUAGAAGUGGACUACAGCGAGCUGUCUGAUGAUCUGAAGGAUUCUUUGUCAGAUGAGGAGAUCAAGACAGAGAUGAACACCUUGCAGCAAAAAGUAAAUGAACACCAGAGCAUCCUUCAGAGGAUAGCAGCACCCAACAUGAAAGCUAUGGAGAAGCUGGAGAGUGUACGUGACAAGUUCCAAGAGACCUCAGAUGAAUUUGAAGCUGCAAGGAAACGAGCAAAGAAAGCCAAGCAGGCUUUUGAGCAGAUCAAAAAAGAGCGAUUUGAUCGUUUCAAUGGCUGCUUCGAAUCUGUGGCAACAAAUAUUGAUGAAAUUUACAAAGCACUUUCCAGAAACAGCAGUGCACAGGCAUUCUUAGGCCCAGAAAACCCAGAGGAGCCCUAUUUAGAUGGUAUCAAUUACAACUGUGUUGCACCUGGAAAACGAUUUCGGCCUAUGGACAAUCUGUCAGGAGGAGAAAAGACUGUUGCUGCAUUGGCACUGCUUUUUGCUAUUCAUAGUUACAAACCAGCCCCUUUCUUCGUUCUUGAUGAGAUUGACGCUGCUUUGGAUAACACCAAUAUUGGCAAGGUGGCAAACUACAUUAAAGAGCAGUCUGCUUUGAAUUUCCAGGCCAUUGUCAUAUCCCUAAAGGAAGAGUUCUACACAAAGGCAGACAGUUUGAUUGGAGUCUACCCCGAGCAAGGCGACUGUGUCAUCAGCAAGGUUCUGACAUUUGAUCUCACCCUUUACCCAGAUGCCAAUCCGAAUCCUUGCGAUUGAACAACAGAAAAUACGUUUUGAAUUUUAUGCAUUUUAAUGUCAGUACUUCAUCCUUUUAAAAACCUCCUGUCUUGCCGUACCUGUAUGCAUCUGUAAUCCACUUGGUAAACAAUGCUCCUUUCCCAGAUUUUGUUGCCAAUCUGGCGAUUGGGAUCUUAAGUUUGACCCUUUUGUUUUAGUGCUAUACAGGGGAUAUUGUGGAUUUUUGAGGUGCGUAUACUACAGCGGUCUGCAAGAUUUUUUUGUAUUUGCAAAAUUACAUUUCAGAAUGUAGAGGACUGUUUUAACUGAACUUUUCAAAACAUUAGCAUUGCAUAUGACAGAAGUAAACUGACUUUUAAUUCAGAUACAUUUCUGUUGGUUUUGCAGCAGAACCCCUGCUCUAAAACAUGUUAAUUAAAUCUUCUCCAUUAAGGAAGAGCAACUGUAAAUGGAAAACAAAGAUGUACAGAAAGAAUGACUUUUACUUAUCUGAUGCUUUCGUUUUGAAGUCAAAUAACAGCUUUUUAUCAUCAUUAAUUUCAGCUUUAGCAAACAUGUUUUCCCCCUCCUGUAUGGAUGCAGCAAGAACCAUAGAACCCCAAUACAGAGGACCAAAGUAUAUUAGAGCCAAUUUUUACAGCUUGUAGGGAUUUUUGUUUUUCAGCUGAACUGUCUAACAUUUGCCCGGCUCAUUUGAUCUGAAUCAGUAAGAUAGAGCUAGGUAGAUGCAGAGGAAGUUCAAGAUGUUAAGCCCUUCCCUCUAUGAGAGGAGGAGUCACUCUUCAUGCAAGUGUCAUUUCUGUUCAUGGGAGCAGCAGAAUAGCCAUGUCUGGACCACAAACUCGUGUUAGAAUUAUGACGUGUAUUGCAGCCUUUGUAAAUUAGCUGAGAAGACACAUUUGCCAUGUUUUUUUUUUUUUUUUUUUUUUUUUUUUUGCACUUUUUGUUUUGUUCACCUGUAAUCAUGAUGUUCCUUAAGUUAUUUUCAUUUGGUCCUAUAGGUUGUUGGUAUCCAGAUCAGUGAACUGAUUUUUGGAAAACUAUUUUAAACAUUUCCUAUGUCAUUGUCUUACUGAGUGCAGCACUUUGACCCAAUCAUGUAUAUUUGAGUGUGUGUGAUUUUAUCUUGUUUCUAAAUUUUUAUAUUAAUGUUGUGUAGUAAUGUGUAAUAUUUUCAAUAAAAUAUAUUUGAAAUGUUA